AUGAACCUCACUGAUGUCGACACUGCCUCCGCAGGUAUUCUGCCCACGAUCCAGCUUUCAGAAUCGCAAAUGUCUUACGAACUAAGUAAGGCCGAUGAGGCAAUGACGUCCAAGGCCGAGGAGGGACGUGUGGCAUCAGAUCAGAUUUCCAAAAAGGCAAGCCCCUCUUUCAAACCGAACGCCCGAUUCUGGGCUAUCAUGGCUACGCUCUGUGUCGUCGGUCUUCUUGCUGCCUUCGAAAAUACUGUGGUCGCGAUCGCUCUACCCAUCAUAUCAGAAGAGCUCCAUCUAGGAGAAAACUACGUCUGGGUCACCAAUGUCUUCUUCCUCACCAGUGCCGCUGUGCAGCCGCUGUUUGGUCAACUAGCCAACAUCUUCGGCCGAAGGUGGCUGACCAUGACCAUCGUGGCAUUUUUUGUGGUUGGCAGCGGUCUGUGUGGUGGAGCGACGAAUGGAGCAACUCUCAUUGCAGGACGAGCGAUACAGGGCAUAGGCAGUGGCGGGGUCAGUAUGAUUAUCGAUGUCAUCGUCUCUGAUCUAGUUCCACUGCGCGAGCGCGGCAACUAUAUUGCAAUCGUGUUGUCUGUUUACUUCGUCGGCACGUGUAUUGGACCCCUGGUAGGAGGAGUCAUUGUUGACCAGACGACAUGGAGAUGGGUCUUUUACCUUAACCUACCUGUCGGUGGUGUUGCCAUGGUCAUGAUCUUUGUCUUUCUCCAGGUCAAAUACGAUAAAAAGAUGACACUGUUCCAAAAGCUAAAACGUAUCGACUAUGGCGGCAAUAUACUCUUGAUUGGCUCGACUGUGUCUGUCCUGUACGCUUUGACAUACGGCGGCACGAAGUACAAGUGGUCGCACUGGAGUAUUUUGCUACCAUUGCUUCUCGGCUCUUUGGGCCUGCUUUCGUUCAUUGGCUACGAAACGACCUCUUGGCCCACCGAGCCAGUCGUUCCUCCUCGACUAUUCGCAACCCGGACCUCGGCAAUCGUUUUCGCGGUCACCUUUCUCAAUUCGGCGAACUUGUACUGGGUAUUGUUUUUUUUGCCAGUAUACUUCCAGGCGGUAUUGCUAGCUUCACCUACAAGGAGUGGUGUUUACUUGAUCCCGAUAAUCGUGAUUGCUGUACCGACAGCAAUCGUCGCCGUCCUUCUCCUGACCAAAUUCGGCAGAUAUAAACCCUUGCAUUUGUUUGGCUUCGCAGUGUCCACGCUUGGUCUUGGCUUGAUGACGCCCCUAGACAAGCACAGCAGCACUGCUGAAUGGGUCAUCAUCUCAGUGGUGGCUGGCGGGGGAAGUGGCUUCGUGCUCAACACGCUUCUGCCGGCCGCACAAGCGGGCCUUCCAGAAAGCGAUCAAGCCGCGACAACUGCAGCUUGGUCAUUCAUUCGGUCCUUUGGGUCGAUAUGGGGCGUGGCUAUCCCUGCCGUAAUAUUCAACAAUCGUUUUAACGAGCUAGCCCGGCGCCUCCCUGAUCGAACCUUGCGGGGCCAACUUGGGCAUGGCAGAGCGUAUCAGUACGCGUCUAGCCACUUCGUCAAGUCCUUCGGAAGCCCCGUCACCGAAACUCUGAUCACGACGUACUCACUUGCACUUAGACGAGUGUGGGAAGUCUCUAUUGUGGUGUCUGGAUUGGCGUUCGUCCUGGCAUUGUUCGAGAAGGAAAUCAAACUUCGAACCGAGCUAGACACAGAGUACGGUAUGGAAGAGCACAAAGACAGGAACAGAACAGUUGAUUCUCCUUUGGGAAUAUGUUAG